GAUUUGAUAUUUCUGAAGGGCAGGAUAUAGAAAAUGCUAUUCAAAAUAUUCGUGGUACUUCUGUAACAAAUUUAAAACCGAAUCGAGAUAGAAACCUUAAUCCGACAUGUCUCAAUAAACGAAAUUUGAUAAAAGAACUAAGCUUGAGAGGAAUAGAGGUAAACGAAAAAGAAAACAGAAGUAUACUAGUAUUAAAUUUGAAGAUCCAGCUAGAAAAUGAUAUCAAAAAUGCUAAACUAG